AUGGUCAACUGCAGGAAGAAGGAGCAGUGUAAGGUCGUAGAAGGAAACGCUGUGUGUGUGGCAGAGUCUGAAGCCAUCUGCUGGGCUCAGGGAGACCCCCAUUAUCAAACCUUUGAUGGAAAGAGAUUUGACUUCAUGGGCACCUGUACCUACACCAUCGCUAAGACAUGUAGCCAUGAUGCAACUCUUCCUAUCUUCAGCGUUGAGGCCAAGAAUGAAAACAGGGGAAAUACCCGGGUUUCCUAUGUUGGUUCAGUGACAGUAACUGCCUAUAACAUCACCAUCUCAGUUGCAAGAAAUGAGGUUGGACUUGUUCGGGUGAAUAGCCAGCGUUCCCGGCUCCCCAUCUCCUUGAAAGAAGGAAAACUCCGUCUCUACCAGAGUGGGGGCUCUGUCUUUGUUGAGACUGAUUUCUCACUGAAAGUCUCUUAUGACUGGAACAGCUAUCUGGUGGUAAAGAUUUCCAGUAGUUUUUCAGAAAGUGUGUGCGGCCUUUGUGGUAACUACAAUGAAAACCCUGCUGAUGACUUCACUACUCCAAAUGGAGCCUUGGUUUCCAGUCCUGUGGAGUUUGGGCAGAGCUGGAAGGUGGAGGACGGGGACCGGUUCUGUUGGGAUGACUGCCGCGGCGAAUGCAAAACGUGUUCCUCAGAAAUGGCCAACAAGUAUAAAGCUGAACCGUUCUGUGGCUGGAUCACCAAAGGAGGGAAUGGCCCAUUCAGCCAGUGCCAUUCUGUGAUUAACCCUGAGAUCUUUUUGGAAAACUGUGUUUAUGACGUCUGCUUGAAUGACGGCCUCAAGGAAGUCCUAUCUCUACCUUGCCCUGAGAAUAGUCAGUACAAGCCCUGUGGACCGCCAUGCCCAGCUACUUGCAAUGAUCCAGCUGGUCCCAAGAACUGUUCCUCGCUGCCUUGUGUGGAGACCUGUGAGUGCAAUGCAGGCUUUGUGUUGGAAUCUGGAAGAUGCAUCCACAAGUCUGCUUGUGGGUGUGUAUUUGAGGGCAAGCUCUUCUCUCCUGGUGAGCAAUUCUGGGCAGACAGCACAUGUACAAGACACUGCACCUGUGAUCCGCAAACUAAGCAAGUGAAAUGCCAACAAGGAAGUUGCAAGACAGGGGAGCAAUGCAGGGUAGAAGGGGGCAUUCAGAAUUGCUACCCCACCAGUUUUGGAACUUGCUCUGCUUCAGGAGACCCUCACUACCUUAGUUUUGAUGGCAAGAGGUUUGAUUUCCAGGGCACCUGCAUGUACCAGUUGGUUGGAUUGUGUGAAAAAAGGAAAGACCUUAUGGAUUUUCAAGUUCUUGUCCAAAAUGACCACCGAGGCAGCCAGUCUGUGUCCUAUUCACGGCUUGUGGAGAUCCAUAUCAAUGGGACUGCCAUUACAAUUAGCAGAGAAUACCCUGGAAAGGUUAAGGUCAAUGGUUUGCUGACCAGUCUACCAUACAGCAUUGAAAACCAAAUCUUAGUGUAUAGAAAAGGACAAGAAGCAGUGGUUACGACUGAAUUCCACCUGACAGUCACUUUUGACUGGCAAAGCCGUGUCACUGUGAUGGUGCCCAGUACUUAUGCUGGUGCCCUUUGUGGCCUCUGUGGCAAUUUCAACGGCAACAAAAAUGAUGAUAUGACCAUGAAGGAUGGAAGUGUCACUUCAAAUGCACCGGCCUUUGGUCAGAGUUGGAAAGUACAGGAGAUACCGGGCUGCACGGAAGUGGACAAAGGAGAAUGCUCUGGGCUUUCAGCCAUUGAGGACCACCAGCGGAAACUCAAUACGGGCUGUGGGGUUAUCCUGGCCCAGAAAGGCCCAUUCAGAGAGUGCCAUAACAAGAUUGAUCCAGAAGGAUACUUCCAAGACUGUGUGUAUGAUUAUUGCUUCUUUGAUGGCCAGCAAAGUGUCAUCUGCCAGCUGAUUGCAAGCUACGCAGCAGCCUGCCAAGCUGCAGGGGUGACUAUUUAUGAGUGGAGAUCUGACACCUUCUGCAGUCUUUCUUGUGCUCCAAAUUCCCACUAUGAACUCUGCGCUCGGGACUGUGGCCAGACUUGUGGCAGCUUCUACGUCCAAGUCCCUUGUUCGGCUGAGUGCCGGGAAGCCUGUGUGUGUGAUGAGAACUUUGCACUGAGUGGCGAUAGUUGCGUCGCUCUGUCACAAUGUGGCUGUUUCUAUCAAGGUCGCUAUUAUUCAGCAAGAGAGUCUUUCUACCCAACAUGCCAAGAGUGCUGCACUUGCCAAGCUGGGGGGACCGUUACAUGUUCAGCAGUCUCCUGCGGUCCCAAUGAGGAAUGUAGGCUGUCAGGUGGCAUCCGUAAAUGCUACCCUGUUGGCAAUGCCACCUGUUCUGCCUCUGGUGACCCUCACUACCUUUCAUUUGAUGGCCUGGCCUUUGAUUUCCAGGGCACUUGCACAUAUACUUUAGCUGAGACCAAAAAAGACAUCCGUGCCUUGACCUCCUUCAGUGUUAAUGUGGAGAAUGAGCCUUGGGGGAAUGGGAAGGUCUCGGUUACCAAGAUGGUCUCUGUCAAGGUCUAUGGGAUUGUACUUACGUUAAUGCAAAACACACGGGGACAGAUUAAGGUGAAUGGUAUAUUCCAGCCACUUCCUGUUACAAUUGCUUCUGAGAAGCUCAGAGUUUAUCAACAUGGCACUAAAGUCCUGAUGAAAACUGACUUUGGCCUCACUGUGAGCUAUGACUUGGUUUACCAUGUGACAGUCACUGUCCCAAGCACUUACCAGGGCCAGGUACAAGGCUUAUGUGGGAACUACAAUGGGCAGAAAGAUGAUGAAUUUCUGCUCCCUGAUGGCAGCAAAGCCUCCAAUGCAGCUGCUUUUGGGGCUGCCUGGAAGGUUUCAGUCCCAGGGGCAACUGGAGCCUGCUCAGAUGGAUGCUCAGGAAGUGACUGCCCAACCUGCGAGGAAAGGAAGAAGCAAGUUUUCAAGCAGCACAACUACUGUGGCAUCCUCACAGCAUCAGAUGGCCCCUUUAGAGCCUGCCACAGCAAGGUGGACCCUAGCGUGUACUUCAGUGACUGCAUUUAUGAUCUUUGCGUGGGCAAUGGAGACAGGCCAGUCUUGUGCCAAAGUAUCCAGAGCUAUGUGUCUGCCUGCCAAGAGGCAGGUGUCUCCGUUGAGUCCUGGAGGAAUUCAUCAUUUUGUGCUCUGAGCUGUCCAGCCAACAGCCACUAUGAGGUGUGUGCCGAUGUCUGCUCCACCAGCUGUGCCAAGAUCACAGACCGCCAACCAUGUCCAGAGACCUGUGCAGAGGGCUGCCAGUGUGAUGAAGGCUUCUUCUUCGAUGGCUUGAGCUGUGUCCGUGCAGAAAGCUGUGGGUGUUUCCACAAUGGCCGCUACUACAAGCCAAAUGAGAAGGUUCUUCUGAAUGCAUGCCAGGACAUCUGCACUUGCAUUCCAGGACGGGGGGUAACCUGUGAAUCCCACACAUGUGGCACCGGUGAGACCUGCAAGAUCCACAAUGGAGUCCUGAGUUGCAUCAAUAAGGAUCCGUGUAAAGCUUUGCCAUGCCGAGAAAAAGAAACAUGCAAAGUUAAGGAUGGCGAAGCCCAGUGUGUCCCGGACUUCACAGGAACCUGCUGGGGUUGGGGAGACCCCCAUUACAGUACAUUUGAUGGGCUGAAGUUUGAUUUCCAGGGCACUUGUUCUUACACCAUUGCCAAAUACUGUGGAAAUGACUCUACACUAGUGCCUUUCUCUAUCGAUGAGAAGAAUGACAAUAGGGGCAGCCAGGCAGUAUCCUAUGUGCGUCUGGCCCACAUCUAUCUGCAUGGAUAUAAGAUCUCCAUCUACAAGCAGGAAAUUGGAAAAGUCAGGAUAAAUGAUGCAAUUGUGAGCCUGCCACUGAAUCUUGAGGAUGGGAAGAUCAGGCUUUACCAGAGUGGUUCCAAUGCAGUUCUUGAGACAGAUUUUGGACUCCAAGUUACAUAUGACUGGAACUGGCAUCUGGUAAUCACUCUUCCCAGCAGUUAUUACGGAGCCAUGUGUGGGCUCUGCGGAAACUUCAAUCAAAACCCAGGAGAUGACAUGACCUUUCUCAAUGGGACCAAGGCUCCCUCCAUUGUAAGCUGGGCCAGCAGCUGGAAAGUGAGGGACCGGGACCCUUUCUGCAGGGAUUACUGUCAAAGUAAUUGCCCAACAUGUGAUGACAGCAAGAGAGACUUGUAUGGCGAUGAAGGCUAUUGUGGACUGAUCAGCAAAACUUCAGAAGGGCCCUUCAGAGAAUGUCACUCCAUAGUGAAUCCAGAUGACUUCUUUGAUAGUUGCAUUUAUGAUGUGUGCCUAAAUGGAGGAGCCCAGAACAUCCUCUGCCAGGCCUUGGAGGCCUAUGCUAAGACCUGCAGAAAAGCGGGUGCCACCAUAUAUGAUUGGAGGACACCCUCUGGAUGUGGUGAGUGUUCUUUCUCCACAUAG